ACUGAAUCUUUGUUUUAGGCUCUGAUCGAGCCACGCUUGCGCCCCACUGCUCAUACGAGCUAGCUCUGAGUGGAAAGAUGGCCAACGGUGGUGAGGGUGAGGCAGCUGCGGUGCCGCUGCUGGAGAAGAAGCCCGCGGCGGUGUACUUCGAUGGCUGCCCCGGGUGCGCCGUCGACCGGAGGAAGGCGGAGAGUAGGGGCAUCCCGUUCAAGCUCUUCUUCCUCAUCUGGUUCAUCAAUCUCGUCUCAAGUUUGCCCAUAUUAUCAAUAUAUCCCUUCUUGUACUUCAUGAUAAGAGACUUGCAUAUUGCCAAAAAAGUGGAAGACAUUGGGUUUUACGCAGGUUUGGUAGGAGCUUCGUACAUGCUAGGUAGGGCUUUAACGUCCAUCUUUUGGGGGUUUGUAGCAGAUCGUAUUGGGAGGAAGCCAGUUAUUGUGUUUGGAAUUGUCUCCGCGUUUGUGUUCAAUACUCUGUUUGGACUAAGUAUGCGAUUUUGGAUGGCACUAGCUACACGAUUUCUUCUUGGUUCUUUGAAUGGCUUACUUGGGCCAAUGAGGGCCUAUGCUGUUGAAGUUUGUCGACCAGAGCAUCAUGCCUUUGCAUUAUCACUAGUUAGCACAUCAUGGGCAAUGGGUUUGGUUAUUGGACCAGCUAUUGGUGGAUAUCUUUCGCAGCCAACGGAAAAGUAUCCAAUGUUUUUUCCUGCCAACUCGUUCUUUGGAAGGUUCCCAUAUUUCUUGCCAUGUUUAUGCAUAUCUGUCUUCUGCUUUGUUAUUCUAUUAAGCAGCAUAUGGCUCCCGGAGACACUUCAUAAACAUAAACCUGUUGAAAAGAAGGAUCAAGAAAAUCAAUGUAUCAUUGAGCAUUUGGCUGCUGAUUCUGAAGAAUUUGUUGAGCAGAACACUAGUUCAGCUACAAAUAAGAGCUUACUUAAGAAUUGGCCACUGAUGUCAUCUAUUAUUCUCUAUUGCAUUGCCUGCUUUGAUGAUAUGGCUUACUCAGAGAUAUUUCCUCUAUGGGCUGAAAGCGACAGAAGCUAUGGUGGACUUAGUCUGUCAUCCGAGGAUGUUGGUCAAGUACUUACAAUUACAGGGGCAAGCCUUCUUUUGUAUCAAACAUUUAUUUAUCCUUAUAAGGUUAAAGUUCUUGGACCAAUCAAUGCUUCCCGUGCUAUGGCUAUUUUAUCCAUGAUGCUUCUAUUUACAUAUCCAUCUAUGACACAUCUCCCAAGACCAUGGUUAUUAAUUGUUCUAAAUAUUUCAUCAGCGCUAAAAGCAAAUUUGGUGACUACUGUGGUCACAUCCUCUGUAAUUCUUCAGAAUAAUUCUGUGCGUCAAGAUCAAAGAGGUAUUGCAAAUGGCUUAGCAAACACAAUGAUGUCAUUUUCCAAAGCACUCGCUCCAGCAGGAGCUGGUAUUGUGUUUUCCUGGGCACAAAAACAUCAGCAUUCCUUCUUCUUUCCAGGUGACCAAAUGGUGUUCCUCUUUUUGGGCAUUGUGGUGUUUAUCGAAUUCAUUUGGACAUUCAAACCAUUACUAGUUGUGCCAGAUCAAUUUUGUUCAACUUGACCUCCUGUUCAUAAUAUUGAGCAUUAGGGGUCCAAUAUGAGACGGGAAUAUCAUAUUCACAAGGAGCAGUGUCAGAUAUAAAUUGAAAGCUAUGGAAAAUUGAUGCUCUGUUGUGAAGAUUGAAAAUAAUUUACUGCGUGAAUUAGCACAUCCUGGACUGGAUCCAUAGUAUAAUCUCUGAUGGUUUUGCAGUAGCCAACUAGGCUGCUGACUGUUUCCUCAAAAAAAAACUAGGCUGCUGAUUGGAAACAAUUAUAUAAACAAAUACAAUAUUUGUUAUACUCCCUCCAUUUCAAAUUGUAGGUUUGGAUUUUCUGUAUCCAUCUAGACAUACACUAUAUUUAUGUGCAUAGCAGCUAUGCACGUAAAAAACCAAAACGACCUACAAUUUGUAACGGAGGGAGUAUUUUCCUGUUUGACAUCAGCUUUUUUGCUGGGUGUAGUACCCAAUACCUCGAUCUGAUGCAUGUUUAUGUUGCACUUGCUAAUAACUUAUUUAUAAUC